CUCAUUUCCGGUUUGGGAUUUUGGCCCUUUGGGAUUUUGUCCCCUAUCCCAAUAACCUCCCGAUACCUUCCAACAAUAAAAAUAAACAAAAAUAUCCAUAUUGUUUAAAAAAUAGGAUCGAGCACCUGUUCUCCACCAAUUGUGCACCAGCAACUAGCCAAAAAAACCCACCAAAUCGUCCGACACUUUCAUAAUCGCCAUUAAUCUUAAAAAAUAGUAACUAAUCACCCUGUUUCAACGUUUGUAUCUAAUUUGAUAAAACCAGUGACAGAAAACAAUAAUAAACAAUAAUUAAUUUUACGUGAAGAUAUUUACAAUGGAUAAUCGAUUAUUUAAAAUUUAUAAUCAAAAAGAUUUUGAUAGUAUUACAAAGGGCAUUAAAGUCGCCAAGUGCAUGAGACUGAAGUCAUCAAUAGUUCCAGAUCCUGAGACCAUUUUCUCGCAACUGGAGGACCUGACGGUGUCUGAUUCCCUGAGCUGUUCAUUUUGCAACAAGGUGUUCGAGGAUCAGGCCCAGCAGAGGUCCCAUUACAAGCUGGACUGGCACAGAUACAACCUGAAGCAACGGCUGAGGGGCUUCAAGUCCAUCACCGAAGACGAGUUCGAUGUUCUUGCUGAUGAAGAUGAUGUCUCCAGUCUCUCAGGCUCCGAGUCCGACCCGGAGAACGGCUCCGAGACCAAUUCCACGGACACCGCCACCCCAAAACCCCCGGACCACGACUCAAAAUCCUCUCCGAGCAGUAGCACCCGUCCGAAGAAGCUCGACCGCAAGCUCCUGAUCUCCUGCGUCUCCUCGGAUUCAGAGCCUGAAGAAACGUCUGAAGCCGCUCAAAGACGAAAGCACGACGCCCUGACGGUAACUGCCAGUCGUCACUCGAAGGUCUUCUUCGAGAAUUCCGAAGGUGACAUCUUCAGCAUCUACCGCUGCCUCCUCCACUCAAAGAAGUCCGUCCCCUCCCUAAACGACGAGAUAAUCUCCCAAGCAUUGAACAGCGGCAAGCGCUCCAGUUGGACCGUCAUAAUGGUGGGAGGUGGUCACUUCGCAGCGGCAGUCUUCCAGGACGGCGAGGCCCUGGUCCACAAGACCUUCCACACGUACACAGUGCGCGCUAAGCAGGGCUCGAGCCAGUCCCAACGGGACAAUCGUGGGGCUGGCUACCAGAAGAGCGCUGGAGCUAGUCUCCGCCGUUACAACGAGUCCCUCCUGAUCCAGCACGUCCAGGAGAUACUCGACUCCUGGGGCCCCCACAUCACCAACUCCUCCCUGAUUCUGUACCGAGCAGUGGGUCCCCAGAACCGAACAGUCCUCUUCGGGGGUAAGAAUCCACCGCUCGACAAGACAGACCCUAGACUCCGUCCCCUUCCCUUUCCCACGAGACGAGCAACAUUCAGUGAAGUCCAGAGGGUCUACGACGUCCUGACAACGGUGGAGGUGUACGGAUCAGCCUCGGACUUCACCGACUCCUUCCCCAUAUCCCCAAGACAACCCAUCCGCAAGAAAAUCCCUAGGGUCGAUCUCCUGGACGAAAUCCCAGAGCAGAAACCUGAGGAGAAUCCUGAUGUGUUGACGUCGUCCCCUGACGUCUCCAAGGGCAAAUCCCCCGGGGCGUCUGGGGACAGGCACAAGAGCCCCAGGACUCGCAUAGACCGAGCGAAAGCUCGGAAAAGUCCCAGCAGACCUCUACCUGACAUCAUCGCCAGACUGGCAAUGUCUUCCUCUGAAUCAGAUGCUGAUGUUCCUCUUCAGUUAUUCGAUCAAAUCUGUGAGAUUGAUUUUACGGAGGAUCUUCUGGCCUUUGAAGACACUGCGCCUAGGCACAUUAGACAGAAGAAGAUCAAGAGACAGAGGAAGAAGGUGAAGAAGGACAAACCGGAGAGAGUUGUCAAUCGGGUGCUGGAGGAGUCCAAGAUGAAGCUGUGGGCUGCUUGCAUGGUUGGGGAUGUUGGAUUGUUGAAUGACACGUGGGAGGUGCUUAUAGGGGAGGUGAAGAGGUGGGAGAAGCCGCAGGUGUCCACUGGAGGGUCAGAGGGGUAUCCAAAGAGCCCUGAAAUCACUUCGAGACAGGAUGACAAAAACGAAGAGGAUACGAAUGACGUUGAAUUGAAAAUAGAGAACGUUCUGGAGGUGAUCAAUGAGGGUAAUGAUGAUGGCAACACUCUGCUGCAUCUGGCAGCUGUGGCAGGACACCUCGAUGUCGUCUGGCUGCUGAUGGAGAUGGGUGCCAACCCCUGCAGGAAGAACAAGAAAUGUCAGACGCCUUAUGCAGCCACUGCUGGCAAGGAGGCCAGGAACACCUUCAGGAGGUUCAUGGCUGUCAAUCCCGACAAGUUUGAUUACCAAAAGUCCCAGAUCCCUGCACCUCUCACCGAGGAGAUCGAGAUGGAGGAGAUGAACAGGAAGAGGGUGCUGAGGAAGGCCAAGAGAGAGAAGGAGAGGGCGAAGAAACGAGAGUUCGAGAUGAAGAAGCAGGAAGAGAACUCCAAGCAACGGUUCCUCAAUCUCUCCGACAGGGAGAAGAGGGCACUCGCUGCUGAGCAGAGGAUCCUCAAGCAGAAUGGGGUGGUUGUGGCCAGGUGCUUCCAGUGCGCUGCUGACAUGUCUGGAACAGUUCCCUUCGAGUAUAACUCUAAUAGGUUCUGCUCUAUGCCAUGUUUGAAGGAGCACAGACUGCAUAAUAAGUUUAUUGUUUGAGGGUUGGAGU